GGUCAACGGCUCAGAGUUCCUGGAAAUGUUUGUGGGCGUCGGCCCGGCCCGGGUAAGGGACAUGUUCGCUCUGGCGAGGAAGAAUGCUCCCUGCAUCCUCUUCAUCGAUGAGAUCGAUGCUGUGGGAAGAAAGAGGGGAGGAGGGAACUUCGGGGGUCAGAGUGAGCAGGAGAACACCCUGAACCAGCUGCUGGUGGAGAUGGACGGUUUUAACACAGCCACCAACGUGGUGGUUCUGGCCGGAACCAACAGGCCCGACAUCCUGGACCCCGCUCUGAUGAGACCAGGACGCUUUGACAGGCAGAUUUACAUUGGUAAUCAUUAGUUAAUCCAGCUGCUCAGACUGUCAUUUCAGUGUGUGGUUUGGGUUCUAGGUUCCGGUUCUGGUCAGGUUGAUGCUCGACUUCUUGGCUUUGAGCCACAAAUGAUCAGUUAAUGGAGUGUGUAUGGUAAUUUCCAUGGUACUUUGGCAUGAACAUGCAAAACAUUUGGAUGAACGUGUGAGAAAAACCACUGGCAGGUCUGAGGAGGUUUCAAUGUAAAUUCACAUGGAUUAGCAGGAAUCAUUGGACACUCGGACGUCUUUGUCAGCUCUGUCCUCUGGGUACACGACCAGACCAUAAAUGCAGGGGAACUCUCAACCUUCUCCCCAAAAUCUCCUCAACAUAGGUUUUUAAGUUGUGGAAAAUUGAAGGAUUUUAGAAACGUUUUGAUCUCUUUCAGACAUGCAGACAAACAUCUCAGCUCAGUCUUUACUGUGAAGAGAUUAAAGAAGAGCUGGGCUGAUAAAACUGAUCAAUCGAUUUGAAUCGAUUUAAGCCUAGUAGAUCGAUGAUCGAUUCAUAAAAAUAUAAAUCGAUUUAGCACAUAAAGCUGAAGCCCGCUAGCUUGAUGCUAACGUUUAAUGAAAUUUCGGUAACG